AUGGCGCAAGUCGCCGGGGGCUUUGGAGGAGAUGCUGCCUCACCGCCAUGCCGGGAAGUCGGAGCCGGGGAGGGAGCGAGGAGCCGGAGCCGGGGAUACGCAAAGGGUAGCUCAGUGGUGAUCCACGUCAGCCCGGGCAGCAGCCUGUAUCGGCUGGAACUCAGCACGCGGUUGCUGGGGGAAAAGAGACCCAAGGAAACAAUAACUUUCCACGAGCGUCAGAUGAACAAAGCUCCAAUGCAGCGGAGAGCUCUCCGCAGCAGGAAGCGGAGGAAUCCCUACAGGAAUGUCGCCAGCCGCCGCCGCGCGUGGUAUCAUGUGCCGGACCGCGGCGGCUCGGCACGCCCUCUGUUUGACGCACGGAGGGACCCCAACGCCAGCCGCUACGGCCGUGCCCGGAUGACCCAGGUAUUGAAGAUGUUUUCCCGUAACCUCGGCGAUGAACACCGGUUACAGCCCACAUGGGAAGAGGAACUGACGAGAAGAGUGAGUCUGGAAUCUAUGGUAGAAACCUUGCGAGAGGAGGCGCAGGAAGCGGAAGCUCUCCAGGAGGAGUUAAAUGAAAAGAUUGAGAGACUGAAAGCAGAACUUGUGGUCUUUAAGGGUCUGAUGAGUGAUCCCAUGACAGACCUGGACACAAAGAUUCAAGAAAAGGCCAUGAAGGUGGACAUGGACAUCUGUCGGCGAAUCGAUAUCACAGCCAAGCUGUGUGAUGUAGCGCAGCAGCGCAACUCUGAAGACGUUUCCAAGAUAUUCCAGGUGGCUUCCAAGAAGAAAGAACGCAAGCUCGCGUCUGAUGAUGACCUCUCUGAACAGGAUGGAGACAACGGCAGGUUCUCUGACGAUGAGGUCAGCUGUUCUUUGAACAUCACGGAUGAAAUGAAGCGUAUGUUUAAUCAGCUUCGUGAGACAUUCGAUUUUGAUGAUGACUGUGAUAGUUUAACGUGGGAGGAGAAUGAGGAAACGUUGCUUCUUUGGGAAGACUUCACAAACUGCAAUCCUUCAAUUGACCUCCAAGGAGAGGAAGAAAACCUGGGAAACUUGAUCCACGAAACAGAGUCUUUCUUUAAAACGAGAGACAAGGAAUACCAAGAAACAAUAGGGCAGAUAGAGCUGGAAUUGGCCACCGCCAAGAGUGACAUGAAUCGCCACCUUCAUGAAUAUAUGGAAAUGUGUAGUAUGAAAAGGGGCCUGGAUGUACAAAUGGAAACCUGUCGUAGGCUUAUCAAAGGCUCAGCUGACAGAAAUUCUCCGUCUCCCAGCUCUGUAGCCAGCAGCGACUCAGGAAACACAGAUGAAAUUCAGGAUGAGUUGGACAGAGAGACGGAUGUGGAGCCCAUGGUCAGCUGAUACGUAGUUGGAGCAUUCCAGUAAAAGGGAAGAUACAAGAAAAGAUUACAAAACAGUACACUGAUGGGAGUGAAAAAAAGACUUGUAAGCCCUUGCAAA